GUCCAUUUGUGCAACAAAACAAAAACAUAAAGCCAAAAAACGGUCUUUCUUUAACAUUAGUCUGCGAACCAAAUCUUUCAGUUAAAGAGUAGCGGCGAUGGAAACAAAGCGCACGAAUGCAGUACUCCUCCACCGUCGUCGCUCUCACUGUCUCUCUCUCAUCCCAAUCCAUUACUAUUAUUCCAUUCUCUCUUCCCCUCCAAGCCUCCUCUCCUUCCCCAUUCCCCUCUCUCUUAAAACCCUAACUCCUCUCUCUCUCCCUCUCUACAAGUACACACACAUUUAUACCACCACUGUGUAACGGCCUUGGGUCACCUUGCUCGUCAUUUUAUCCCAAGGCCAUUACACAUAUACAUACAUAGCAUUAAAAAUUGCAGUUUCCGAUGCGGGGAUUGGAGCUCUGGUUGAAGGAGCUUGUCGCAUCGGAGACGCAAUUGUGCAAUGAAUCGAGCUCGGUCGGAGGAUUAUUCCUCGAACCGGCCGUUCCUUCUUCGUUCGUCUCGUUCGUUCCGAAAAAGAGUCGCUCGGCCUCGUCAUCGUGUUUGCGGGAGACUCGCCGGCGGCGGGUCGGUGGCAGCAGGUUUUUGUCGGUGAGCUUGGCGGCUAAUGGAGGCGGGGAAGGGCAUUUUGGGGAAUCGGGUGAGAUUUUGGGGGAACAUGGGGAGAAGAGUAGUUGUGAGGAUGAAAUGGUGGCGUUUGAGGGGGUUGGGAAAGUGGAGGUGGGGAAGGUUGUGGUGGGGAGAGGAGGAGGGGGAGGUGCUUUGAACACUACAAAGCAUCUAUGGGCUGGUGCUAUUGCAGCUAUGGUUUCAAGAACUUUUGUGGCUCCACUUGAGAGGCUAAAGCUGGAAUAUAUAGUUCGUGGAGAACAGAGGAAUCUUUUUGAGCUAAUUAAGGCAAUUGCAGUUUCUCAAGGGCUGAAAGGUUUUUGGAAAGGAAAUUUUGUCAAUAUUCUCCGUACGGCUCCUUUCAAGUCUAUCAACUUUUAUGCCUAUGAUACGUAUAGAAAUCAACUGCUCAGGAUGUCUGGAAACGAGGAAACCACGAAUUUUGAAAGGUUCGUUGCUGGUGCUGCAGCUGGAAUUACUGCUACUGUUCUUUGCAUACCUAUGGACACGAUCAGGACGAAGAUGGUUGCACCUGGAGGUGAAGCGUUGGGUGGUGUAAUUGGUGCCUUUCGCUACAUGAUCCAAACAGAAGGGUUCUUUUCUCUUUACAAGGGCUUAGUGCCCUCAAUUAUAAGUAUGGCACCAUCAGGUGCUGUUUUCUACGGCAUUUAUGAUAUAUUGAAGUCAGCCUUUCUGCAUUCACCAGAAGGGAGGAAAAGAAUCCAACACAUGAAGCAGCAAGAAGGGGAACUUAAUGCUUUGGAACAACUGGAGUUGGGUCCCACGAGAACAUUGUUAUAUGGGGCAAUUGCUGGUGCUUGUGCUGAAGCUGCUACAUACCCAUUUGAAGUAGUAAGGAGACAGCUUCAGAUGCAAGUCAGAGAAAGGAAGAUGAGUGCACUAGCAACUUGUGUGAAGUUGGUUGAGCAAGGUGGUGUUCCUGCUCUCUAUGCAGGAUUAAUUCCCAGCUUAUUGCAGGUUUUACCCUCAGCUGCUAUAAGUUACUUUGUGUACGAGUUCAUGAAAAUAGUUCUCAAGGUGGAGUCAACAUAAAAUUUGCUGGUGCUACACCGGGAGACAUAUAUUGAUGCUUAUCAUGGGCCGGCGUUCUAUCUCUAAAAGAGCUCCUGAUUUUUGUGUUUGUGUUUUUAACCCUUUACUUCACGUGAUAAUAAUUUACCUGGCCUUUUGAUAGGCAAAAGAGAAUAGUUGGUUCAUACAUGUUCUCAUAUAAAGAUGGUAAGCAAUUUUUUGAGGACCUGAACUGGAAAUUGUUUGCUUCCUAACUUUUAAGUUAGUAAACCAUACCAGAUCAUCCGAAUCGGAUCAUCUCUGUUUUAGAUAUUUCAGAGUUGUUUAGGUAAACGCACAAGUUUUACCAUUUUGGAAUAUUUAGCUUUGACGGUAUUAUUGUGCGACGCAUUUUGAGAUU